CCAAAGCUGUUCUGUUUGUGAGCCUGUGUUGCCUGACAGUUGCGUUCGCAACCGAUGGUAAAAUGGAAAAUCUGGCUAAAAUGAAGAAGGCGGCAUCUCAAAAAACCCAAGAAAACUCGCAGUUAAUGAAACUUAUGGCAGCUCUUAAGGCAAAAAGAUCAUCAAGCCAGCCUUCAAGUGAAGCUCCAUCAGACAAAAAACGCUUCUUUAACUCCUUUGGAUUUGGAAACAACUUUGGUGAAGGAAACGGCGAGUAUGAGCAAAUGUAUGAAGACAACAACUGGAACAUGGGGAACAACUGGGGGAACUGGAUGAACAACUGGGGAAACAACUUUGGGAACAACUGGAUGAACAACUAUGGAAGCAACUGGAUGAACUACGGAAACAACUGGAUGAACAACUACGGAAACAACUGGAUGAACUACGGAAACAACUGGAUGAACAACAACUACGGAAACAACUGGAUGAACUACUACGGAAACAACUGGAUGAACAACUACGGAAACAACUGGAUGAACUAUGGAAACAACUGGGGCAACUGGGGUAACUGGGGCAACAUGGGCAACUAUUUCAACAACGGAUACAUGAACAGCUUCCAAAAUAUGUUGUCCUUUCAAAGAAUGAUGAUGGAAUACUACUCCAACAAAUAUUUCAUGGAAAACCAAUUCGGAGAGAAUGGAGCUUUUGACUUCGAGGACGCUGCACGCAAUUUUUUCCGCAUGUCCUACCGAUUUAACCAGAAUGGAUUUGGAGGUUUCUUCAACAACUGGAACAACCAAAAUGGAUUUGAAGGCAACUGGAACAAUGGAUUCGGAGAAUUCAACGGGUUCUCCUCAUUCAAUGAAAACAGCGACAAGUAGACAGCACCCAACUGAUACACCAGACGAGAACGAUCCUUUUUUAUUUUAUUUAUUCUGUUCUGCUUUAUUUCUUCCUCUCAAUUUAUCCAAAGAUCAUUACAGUGCAAUGGCAAGCAAUCAAGCGUCCGGUCCCGGUUAUACAGUUAUGCGUGUGCGAUGACGUACUUCCGGUUUGGCCGAGACCGUUCAGUUAAUCAGAGCUUUCACGUUAAAAGCCUGUAAAACAUUUCAUAAUGUCGAUUGACAUUAUUACUGAUCUAGAUAUGUAUGUGAUUGUGUUUCUUAUUUAAGUGUUUAUAUCUUAAAUCUGCUACGAUGUGUGGCAAGUGAAAAUGAUGGAACCAUAAGAUUGAAGUGACUUCAGUGAGUUAAAAGCUUAAAAAUGAGAUUAUUUUUGAAGACUAGGUACACGGUUGUGACACUGUUUCAGUACUUUGUUUGUAAUGUAUGGAUGAAGUCAUAUCGAAUGUCUACAAAUUCCAGACUGUUCUCCAUCGGGAACUCUCUAUAGUGUGCAUGAUUUGUCAGACACAUAAACGAUUUGAUAUAAACACAAUUUCGUAUGUAUAAGGUUUUGCUUUUUCUUUGCCUUGUAUGGUGUAUAUGCUUGUGACUGAAUUAGGUAAACACUAGUUUUAAACUCAUAAACGAGGCAAACAAAAAGCAAAACUUCAUCUGUUUGUAACCGAUCUUCUGCAGUUCUUUGAAUAAACUAAUCUUUGAUCAUAAUAA